AUGUUGCAACAUACAAAUCCUGGAACGGUCACAGAUCUGGAGCUUGAUGGUAACAGUAGGUUCAAAUAUUGCUUCAUAGCGCUAAGCUCAUCAAUUCGAGGUUGGGGACAUUGUAGGCCGGUUGUUGUGGUUGAUGGCACGCACUUAAAUGGACACUAUGGUGGGACGUUAUUUAUAGCAUGUACACAGGAUGUAAAUAACAACAUAUACAUACUUGCUUUUGGGAUUGGGGAUAAUGAGAAUGAUGCCUCGUGGACAUGGUUCUCCGAAAACUUGAGGAAGGCGUAUGGCUAUAGAGAAGGGUUGUGCUUUGUAUCGAAUCACCAUAAUAGCAUCAAAAAUGCUAUUGAGAAGGUGUAUCUAGGAACAUGUCAUGGAAUUUGUUCGAAUCAUCUCCUUCAAAAUCUAAAGUCACGUUAUGAAAAAUCAAGUAACAAUAUAACACAAACAUUUAAUUCAGUUGUUCAUGCCUACACGUUGUCAGAAUACAAAUAUAACAUGCAACAGCUCGACGCGAUUAAUGGAAAGAUAAGGGGUUACCUGGACGGUGUUGGGCCUACUAAAUGGUCACGAUUCCACAUGCCAACGAAUCGAUGUUCUACAAUGACAUCGAAUAUAGUAGAGUCGGUUAAUGCGGUCACAAAAUCUGUCAAGAACUAUUCCAUCGUAGCUUUGUUGGAGUUAUUGCAACAAACCAUACAGUCGUGGUUUUGUAGACAUCGAGAAAUCGUGCAAGCCACUUUCACAACCUUGUCAAACAAGUAUGAGAAGCAAAUGAGGGAAAUGAGCACGGAUAUGAGAAACUUGAGGGUUACGCGUAUUAAUCAGGCAAUGUUCUCAGCCAGCUGUGAAAAUUUAACUUUUGUUGUUGAUAUAAAAGGGCGUACAUGCAUGUGUAGGAUGCUUCAAGUUGAUCAACUACCGUAUCCACACGCUCUGGCUGUGAUUGCAAGUGUGAAGAGGGAUUCAUAUGAGUUUUGUUCAUAUUAUUACACGAAAGAAGCAUACAAGAAUACUUACAACGAAACUGUUUUCCCUGUUGGAAAUCCAAGUGAAUAG